AUGAGCAACAAUGAUAAUGACUUUCGUUAUCUAGACAGUGGACUGGAGGCUACUUCUAUUCAAAGUAUCUAUUUAGAAGAGGAAGAUCUUAAUCUUCUUUUAGCAGGCUAUAAAUUUAACCGAUUCCGUCUUUAUACAUAUUAUAUUCUAUGCGUUUUGACUGGGGGAACUUUUUAUCUUAUUAAUCGAUGGAUACCGAAAUUAUGGGUUUGGUUAGUAGGCAACGUCUGCGAGCUAGGGAAAGCAGAAUGGGUGGUUGUGAAGAAUCAAUGGGGUGACACAUCAAUCGAAUAUAUAAUCCGUAAAUAUUACGGCGGAACCAUAUCUUCAAUCUUCUCAGUUGAUAAUUCUGAAGACAAUAACGUUUCUGGGCUUGCCUCUCAUCGAUCAGAUGAAAUUUUGCAUAAAUUGCACUUUUUUGAUCAUCGUUAUAUUCGAUUCAUUUACAGCCCUAUAUCAGGAAAAUUCGUACAGAAUAAUUUUUGGAAAGACCCUGCAUGGGUAUCCGUUGACGUGUUGAAAAAGGGAAUUGAUCGUGAGACUCAUAACGAACGUGAAAUUAUCUUUGGUCAGAAUUUGAUUGAUAUUAAAGAAAAAUCUACCAUUCAACUUUUAAUUGACGAGACUAUGAACAAACUUCGUGAAAUGUCAAAAAUUGUUUGUAAUGUACGGACAUUUCGUGGUAAUCUCUGGAGAUCUGUUUCAUCAGAAGAUUUAGUACCUGGAGACGUAUUUGAAAUAUCUGAUAGAAAUUUACACAUUUUCCCAUGUGAUGCUGUUUUAUUAUCAGGCGAUUGCAUUGUAAAUGAAAGCAUGCUCACUGGAGAAUCUAUCCCUGUAUCCAAAUUGCCUAUUGAUGAUACAUCUUUGAAUAUAUUGGACUUAACUGCUACCAAUGUUCGACCGGAAAUAGCCAAACAUUUUUUGUUUUCCGGAACGAAAAUUGUACGGGUGCGUCGGGUCAAGAAUGGUACUAUACCAUUUAGUGCAGAUGCCGGCAACAUAUCUGAUGAUGACGGAGCUUUAGCAAUGGUCGUACGAUUUAAUACAACCAAAGGUUCUUUGAUUAGAGCGAUGCUGUUUCCGAAACCACAUAAAUUCAAAUUUUAUCGCGAUUCAUUUUGUUUCAUCGGUGUUUUGGCUAUAAUCGCUUUAAUUGGCUUUUUGAUUAGUACAUAUAAUUUUAUUAGAUUGGGAGUAAAUGGUGUUAUAAUAAUUUUGCGUGCGUUGGAUUUAAUUACUAUCGUGGUUCCUCCUGCAUUACCUGCAACAAUGACCAUUGGUACAAAUUUCGCCAUUGGAAGAUUAAAAAAAGCAGGGAUAUUUUGUAUUAGCCCACCAAGAGUUAAUGUUGGCGGAAAGCUAAAUGUCAUGUGUUUUGAUAAAACGGGCACGCUUACAGAAGACGGAUUAGAUGUUUUAGGUGUUCGUUUUAUUAAUCAAACAUCACACAGGUUCACGGAGCUUCAUACUACGGUUGACACAUUCUUUAAAAGUGAUGGUUAUAAGACUGAUAAUUCUAUUCCACCAAUUUUGUGUGCCAUGACUACGUGCCAUUCUCUUAAAUUAGUCAAUGGUGAACUAAUUGGUGAUCCACUUGAUUUAAAAAUGUUUGAUUUUACUAAAUGGAUACUUGAAGAAAGUGGACAAGGUGUUUCAUCCAGUACUGGAUCAGCACCUUCCGGGAGACCAGGUAGCCCUACGAAUGGAACAGGUAGCAUAGUGCCAACAGUGGUUAGACCACCUAAUAGUAAACAAUUUGAUUUAAAUGAAGCUCUUAAUGUAGGGGGAAAAAACGGGGAUGGAAAACCUACACCAUUUAUCGAGUUAGGAAUAAUUCGAACUUUUGAAUUUGUUUCAUCAUUACGACGUAUGAGCGUGCUCGUAAAACGUUUGCGAAAUCAAACAAUUGAAGUUUACGUUAAAGGAGCACCAGAAGUGAUGCGCGAUAUUUGUAGAACCGAUUCCUUUCCGGAAGAUUAUGAUGAAUUAUUACAUUAUUACACACAUAAUGGAUUUCGUGUAAUUGCAUGCGCUUCUAGGAGUUUCACUGAUCUCAGUUGGAUGAAGGCUCAGAAGAUCAAAAGAGAACAGGUAGAACAAGAUUUAGAGUUUAUAGGCAUUAUAGUAUUCGAGAAUAAAUUGAAGCCUGGUACAGCCUCAGUUGUUGAAACUCUCAAAAGUGCCAAAAUACGACAGAUAAUGUGUACUGGUGAUAAUGUCUUGACCGCAAUAAGUGUUUCUCGUGAAUGUGGAUUGGUCAAUAAGGCAUCAAAAGUUUAUGUACCAAGAUUCGUUCAAGGAUCGUCUUUAAGCUCACGAGCAUCUAUUUUAUGGGAGAGUUUGGAUAACCCAAAAGAUUCACUGGAUUCAACGACAUUAAAACAAAUUAUUUCUAUAUCACAGGAUUUUCCUAGCGAAUAUCCGUUUAUUAGUCCUUAUGAAUACGACCUUGCAGUGACUGGCGAUGUUUUCCGUUGGAUCAUAGAUUAUGGAGAUGAAAUGACAUUCACUCGGAUGCUUGUCAAAGGCCAAAUUUUUGCACGUAUGUCGCCAGACGAGAAACACGAAUUAGUAGAAAAACUACAAGAAAUAGGAUAUUGUGUUGGCUUUUGUGGUGAUGGUGCCAACGAUUGUGGAGCACUUAAAGCGGCAGAUGUUGGGCUGUCACUUUCUGAUGCAGAAGCUUCUGUUGCAGCUCCAUUUACGAGUCGUAAUAUGGAUAUCGGCUGUGUUAUCGAAGUUAUUAAUGGGACGCACGGAACCAUUCCCACGCAUACAUCCCAAACGUCCAACCGCAAGUUUGAUCUCCAAAAAGGUGCUAACGUCAGUGAUUGGACAAAUUAUAAUCCAAUCAGGAAUUCAAUUCUUAGUUCUCAUAAUUAUACACAAUCAGCCAUGGUAUCGAAAACCACGGUGUUUAGUGUUGGACCACCAUAUAGAAAACCGAUGACUACGAAUGUUCCAUUUAUAAUCACGACGACUUUUUUUACUUUCAUUACGGCAGCAAUCCUUAUAUCACCAUCAAAAUUUAUUAUAAACCUAUUAGAACUAGAGGACAUUGACAAUAUCUUUAGAUGGUAUCUACUAGCUAUUGUAAUAGCAGACUUUUUUAUUUCGAUAUUUAUGGAAAAAUACGUCUUUGAUGUUAUUUCACGAUGGAUAGGUAUUGCAAUAGCUAAGUCGGACAAAAAAAUGUAUAAAAAAAUCUUAGAAGAAAUGGACACUAGAGACCCUGUAACUUAUGUUUAA